UAAAAUUCCUUACAUGGUUUGAAAUCUGAUUAUACAUGUUGACAUUCUUCUUCGUGCGUCGAUCUCUUCUUCCAUUCUCAACUGACAACAGCAAAUGAAAUCUAUGGCAACUCUCCAUUCAAUCAAUUUAAUAUGUUCGCAAGCAUCGCUUCCUCAAACUGACAAAUUAUCGAUCUCAAGAGCUGCAAAUUACACCCAAAUUCCUUCAUGGGUGUCCCUCAAAUCCAACAAUGCUCCACUGAAGAAUACCCAUCCUCUUCACGGCGAACUCGAAAACAUCCAUUUAGUCUCCCUUUCCAAACAGGAUAAGCUCAAAGAAGCCAAUGAAUUCCUUCUCGAAAUGGACCGUUGUAAUAUUGCCGUCGCUCCUCAAUCGUACAAACACCUACUUGAAACUUGUUCCAAGCUGAGGUCCUUAGAUUUUGGAAAGUUGAUUCACGGACGAUUGAAAGAUAACCCACCUGGUUUUCUUGUGAACUGUGUUCUCCAAAUGUAUUGUGACUGUGGGAGUUUUUCUGAUGCUCGGAAACUGUUCGAUGAAAUGCGUGACCGAACUUUGGGUUCGUGGGUAAUCAUUAUAUCUGCUUAUGCAGAUGGAGGGCUACUGGAGAAUGCUUUGGAACUGUAUUUGAAAAUUCAAGAUUCAAAAUAUAAAUCGAGCCCGUUUAUUUAUAUCAGCCUUUUGAAGUCUUUCUCGGAUUCGUCGUACUUGGAGAUCGGGAAACAGAUGCAUUGUCAAGUAGUUAAGUCUGGUUUCACUGGCAAUGUGUCGUUGAACACCGCAGUAUGUAGUAUGUAUGUCAAAUGUGGGCAUUUGGAAAGUGCAGAGUUGAAUUUUCGCCUCAUGAAUGAAAAAAAUGCUGUUUCUUGGACAACGAUGAUGGUGGGCUGCAUUCGAGCUAAUAGACAUGACGAUGCAUUGAUAUAUUUCAAGGGUAUGUUGAAUGAAGAGGUUGAGUUGGACGAGUUUGUAUUUUCGAUAACUCUCAAGGCUUGCGCUGCGUUGGAUGAUCGAAAAACGGGAGAGCAGGUUCACGGUUUGGCUGUUAAACUCGGGCUGCAAAGUGAGGUCUCUGUGGGUACACCUAUAGUGGAUUUCUACGUCAAAUGCGGCGAUGUUGAAUCCGCUGGUCAAGCAUUUAAGGUAAUAAGUGAACCAAACGACGUGUCGUGGAGUGCUAUCCUAUGUGGCUAUUCUCAAAUUGGCGAAUUCGAAAAAUGCAUUAAAGUUUUCAAGUCUUUAAGAAGUAAAGAUAUUGCUUUGAAUGAGUUCAUGUACACAAGCAUUUUCCAAGUAUGCUCGUCGUUUGCCGACUUCGGUUUUGGCUCUCAAGCGCACGGAGAUGCUAUCAAAAGAUGCCUCGUUUCGCGCCUCUACGGUGAAAGCGCCAUGAUUACUAUGUAUGCUAAGUGUGGGAGGUUAGAUUACGCUUAUCGAGUGUUUGAAUCGAUUGAUAAACCCGACACUGUGGCUUGGACAGCCAUGGUUGCUGCUUAUGCUUACCAUGGUAAUGCUUCGGAAGCCCUGAGCCUUUUCAGACAAAUGCAUGCUUCUGAUAUUAGGACAAAUGCAGUUACAUUUGUCGCUGUUUUCACUGCUUGCAGCCAUGCUGGUCUGGUUGACGAAGGUAAAAAAUACUUAGAAUCAAUGAGUACCGAGUUUGGAGUGGAGCCCACAAUCGACCACUACAAUUGCAUGAUUGAUAUAUACGCACGAGCUGGAUUGUUGAACGAGGCACUCGAUUUGAUAAAUUCGAUGCCUUUUGGAGCCGAUGCAAUGAGUUGGAAAAGUCUGCUCGGAGGAUGUUCGAUCCACCGAAAAUACGAGCUUGGGAAAUUUGCUGCCGAGAAGGUUCUUGAACUUGACCCUAAAGAUAGUGCUGCUUAUAUUCUCUUGUUCAACUUGAAUGCCUUGUCUGGGAAAUGGGACGAAGCCGCACGUGUUAGAAAGCUUAUGUCUGAACGAGAACUGAGGAAAGAAAUCGGCUGCAGUUGGAUCACAGUUAAGAGCAAAGUACACCGCUUUGUAGUGGGUGAUUUACACCAUCCUAAAACGGAAGAGAUAUAUGCAAAAUUGCGAGAAUUGAAAUUCUGCGACACUCGUAAAGAAAAUGAUGAAAUUUUAACGGAAGAUGAUGUGUCGGAUAUUAUUACGUCGGAUCGAAAAGAACAGCUUCUUGUGCACAGUGAGAGGCUUGCGAUUGCAUUCGGCCUGAUUUCGAUGGCAGCUAGUACCGCACCUAUUGUGGUUUUCAAGAAUCUGAGGGCUUGUAAGGAUUGCCAUGAUUUCGGGAAACACGUUUCUUUAGUUACAGGACGAACGAUUGUUGUUAGAGAUUCUAAUCGGUUUCAUCACUUUAAAUCUGGAGAGUGUUCUUGUGGGGAUUACUGGUGACUGUUGUGGUUGGUUAGGUAAAAGUCUUGUAAUCAAUAAGAAUAUAUAUGGGUUUAUGCUGUGGAGUUUUUGUUGAUAAUUGAUUUCUUGAGAUUAAACACUUCAAAAUAGGAAUUGUGGGGUUUUAUCUAUCCUACACCCGGUGAAGGUUACACCGGGUGAUUUUACACCGUUAAUCUA